UAGAACAGCGUUAAACAUUUUUUUGUUUCGUGCUUGGAGCGCGUGAGGCACUUUCCAGCGUAGGGGCGCUUAAGACGAUCGUAACGCCACCGCACCACACAGUCUGCACGUUACAGAUCACGGAGUUGAUACAGGAGGUUAUGGUAGGCACUGAGCGCAAAAUAAUUUAUUAAUUUGUAAAUUAUUAUGUUAUUCGUUUACACUAAUACACAGCUCAUGACAGCGAAAGAUUAUCGAAUAUUUUGCAUGAAAUUGUACCUUGUCUUUAAAGUUUUGAAUGAAAUUGUAUUUGCUAUUUGCAGAUAAUGUGUGAUACAAACUCGGAUACAAACACGGAUACAAACUCGACUACAAACACGGCUGCAGAUAAAAUGCGUGAAAAAUUUAACGAAAAAUUGAAAUCUUUAAAAUUAAGUAUAAAUUCGUUUUUAAUAGAAAAUUCAGACGCAUACGAAAAUUUAAUUUGUGCAGUAGAAGAAGCAAAAAUCAGAAAUAAAAAAACAUACACUGAUUAUAGACGCCUAAAAAGAUACGAUGUAUUAUCAGUAGGUGAGUCUAAGAAACUUAUUCAGCCUGUGUUGGAACAUGAGAAGAAGAUUAAGUAUUACGUACAUAACGAACAAGUUUUUGACAUUAUUCAUAUGGCACAUCUGGAAACUGGACAUGGUGGAAAACAUAAGUUGGAAAACAAUAUUAAAACAAAGUACGUAAAUAUAACAAGAGAAGUGAUUCAUAUCUAUCUUGAGCUUUGUCUCAUCUGUAAAAAAAAGAAAACCCAUCUCAAAAAAGGUGUUGUAGUAAAGCCUUUGAUAUUUAAAGAAAUUAAUCACCGAGCACAAGUAGACCUAAUCGACAUGCAAACGAGCAAGGACGGAGAAUAUAAAUUUAUUUUAAAUUAUCAAGAACACUUAACUAAAUUUGUGUGUCUUCGCCCGCUAAAGACCAAGACUGCUGUAGAGGUCGCUUAUAAUCUUGUAGACAUAUUUUGCAUUAUUGGUUGUCCAUCCGUCUUACAAUCAGACAAUGGAAGAGAGUUUUGUAAUAGCGUUAUCGAAGAAUUAAAAAGUAUGUGGCCUGAUCUUGAAAAUAGUGCACGGUAA